GUGGUGCAGUGUGGAAGGAGAGCGGGCAGUGUCAGCAGCUGCCAGCAGCGGGCGGAGAGUCAGCGGAGCACCACCAGCGGCAUAUCCGGGGCGGCGUCAGUACACGGUCACGAUGCGCUGCAGCCGGACGCUGGGAGUGGUGGACCGGGUGCUGAGCGCCCAGUUCCGCCGGCUGGGGGCGCACAUCGGACGACGGCCCAGCUACUUCAUCAUCUUCCCCGUCAUGAUCACCCUGCUGGCUGCCACCGGAGUGCAGCAGCUGCGCUACCAGGACGACCCCGAGUACCUCUUCUCGCCGUCCACGGGACGCUCCAAGCAGGAGCGAGCCACUGUCGACCGACUGUACCCGACCAACUUCUCACAGUUCAACACGGGCAGGAUGGUCGACAUGGGGCACUUCAUUCGGCUGGUGGUGACGGCACCGGCCGGCGGCGGACCCCUGCUCACAGAGAGGGUGUUCGAUCAACUAUACGAACUGGACGAGGCCGUCAGAAAGGUGCGCGUGGACGCGGGUGAGGAGAGCUGGACGUACGACCAGAUCUGCGCCACUUGGGGCGACGACUGCCUCGACAACGUCGCGCUCAAGAUGCGCAAAUACAUCAAGGAUGUGGAGGCGAACAAGAGUACCGUCACGUAUCCGGUUUGGUUCGAGGCAGAUGACGUGCUGCCUGUGAUCGAGACGUUCGGCUCGCCUGAGCUAGACGGAGAUCGUGUGGUCGACGUGCCGGCGCUGCAGAUGCUCUACUGGGUCGGCAACCACGAGUACUUCAACGUCAGCCUGUCUCUAAAGUGGGAGCUGGCAGUUCAGGAGCGACUGGCCCAGAUCAUCCCGACGUUCGAGCACCUCAACAUCUCUCGGUUCGGCUCGGAGACGCUGAAGCGCGAGCUGGACGUGAACACGAGGUCGGUGAUCCCGUACAUGGCGGCCACGGUGGUGGUGAUGCUGCUGUUCUCGAUGGUGUCUACCUCGAUGGCCGACUGGGUGCGCUCCAAGCCGCUGCUCGGACUGGCCGGCGUGGUCAGCGCGCUGAUGGCCUGCGGCACCGCCUUCGGCAUCCUCAUGUACUGCCAGCUCGAGUUCAUCGGUAUCAACCUGGCCGCGCCGUUCCUCAUGCUCGGUAUCGGUCUGGACGACACGUUUGUGAUGCUGGCGGCGUGGCGUCGGACGCGCGUGCAGGACCCGGUGCCGGAGCGGAUGGCGGUCACCUACGGUGACGCGGCCGUGUCCAUCACCAUUACAUCACUGACGAACGUCAUCUCGUUCCUGGUGGGCGCCAUCAGCCCGUUCCCCAGCGUGCAGAUCUUCUGUCUCUACACAGGACUGUCCGUGGCCGUUACGUUCGCUUGGCACGUCCUGUUCUUCGGCGCGUGUCUGGCUCUGUCCGGGUACGCUGAACAGAGGAACCUGCACGCACUCACCCUGCGGCCGGUGCUGCCCGUCUCGCAGUCAGACUCCAAGUCGCCGGCGUACCGGCUCUUCUGCGCCGGAGGGAUCUCGGAGAAGGAGCCGUGGAACGAACGAGACAACCAGGACCACGCGCUUAUGACCUUCUUCCGAGACAGCCUGGGACGGGCGCUGAACAAACCCGCCGUCAAAGCCCUGGUGAUCGUCGCCUUCCUCUGCUACCUCGGAGUGGCCAUCUGGGGCUGCACCAUGGUCCGCGAGGGACUCGACCGGCGCAAGCUCUCCCGUGACGACUCGUAUGCCAUCCAUGCUUACGAGGUGGAGGACCGCUACUUCAGAAUGCACCCAUAUCGCAUCCAGGUGGUCGUGGAGGGUGAGUACAACUACAGCGACCCCGUGCUGCAAGACCAGAUGUCCACACUGGUGGACACGUUCAAGAACUCGACGUUUGUGGACGGCGAGACCGACCUGCUGACCGAGUUCUGGAUGAAACGCUGGCUGUUCGACAUGGAUCUGUACGACACUAUCGGCCUGGACGGCACUCAGAGCGUCGACAACCUGAAAAGUUGGCUCGAGGGAAGCCAGUACGAGCAGGACGUGAUUUUCGACUCGGCUGGAGAGAAGAUCGUAUCGACUCGCUUCCUGAUCCAGACACAAGACAUCCGAGAUACCCAGGAAGACAUGCGCAUGAUGCUGGAACUAAGACGCAUCUGCGACGAAUCCGAUUUCAAGUGCACCGUUUAUCACCCGAUGUUCACAUUCUUCGAUCAGUUUGCUGUAGUGCGCGAGGUCUCCAUCCAGUCCAUCUCCAUCAGCGCAGUGGUGAUGAUGAUCGUCUCCCUCAUCUUCAUCCCGAGUCCCACGUGCUCACUCUGGGUGGCCUUCAGCAUCAUCAGCAUCGAGACCGGCGUCGUCGGCUACAUGACGCUGUGGAACGUCAACCUCGACUGCAUCUCCAUGAUCAACCUCAUCAUGUGCAUCGGCUUCUCGGUGGAUUUCUCCGCCCAUAUCAGCUACGCGUACCUGUCUGGUCGAGGACUGUCUGCCGACGAUAGGCUCCGGGAGGCACUUCACUCCCUGGGCCUGCCGAUCCUGCAGGGAGGCGUCUCCACCAUCCUUGCGGUAGGAACCCUGGCACUGGCACCCUCCUACAUCUUUAUCACCUUCUUCAAGACCAACUUCCUGGUGAUCGCGUUCGGUAUGUUGCACGGCAUGCUGCUCCUGCCGGUGCUGCUGUCUUUGCUGGGUCCAGGAUCGCACUGCUGCUCCGGACGCGGCAAAGGCGAGGACCCUGAGGAACCCCGAGUAGAGUCGAUCGCCUGCCCCGAGCAGAAGAUCAUCUUGGCCUCGGAGACGCCACUGCGGAUCCCUCGGCCGCAGACCACGCUGCCGAAGACCAAGGCCGGGUCGGACCGCGAUAGUCUGGAGAGCAGCCGCGACCUCGGUCUGGGCACCUCCGCUGAAGAGGAGAGCAGCAGCAGCCGCGAGAGCAGCGUCGGCGUCGCCAGCGACGAGGGCCCGUCGCCGGCGACCAGUCGCUCGCGGCCGGCCCGCUCUCGCUCGCUGUGCGCGCGUGCAGAGCGUUACGCCAACGCUGGCUACGUGACUGAUGAUGAGCUCAACAGUCCGAUACCGGCAGCGAGACAGCGGGUCCGGCACCGCUCCGAGCGGGGUCGGCCCUCCAGCCGGAGCAGCAGCGGCAUUGCCAGCAGCCAGUCCAGCACCCAGUCCAGCAGCGUCAACAGCAGUCAGCCGGGCAGUCCGGCCAGGUAGCCUGACCAGACAGACGGCCGACCGUCUCGGAGGCGAGUUAUUCACACCCGGCGGUAUGAGCUGGGCGUUACUGUUGCCUGAUGAUGUCGAUGUGGAAUGUGGAUGUUGAUAAUGUGCUCGUAGAGAAGCAUCAAUGUCGCAAGUCUUCUUGCAGCGAUCAAUUCUUGAGCAUGGAGCAUAAUAGUUUUGCAGUGCCUCGAUCAGCUGUGAUUAAAGAAAGCUAAAAAUGUAUAAAAAAAAAAAAGUGGCGGUUGGCGAUUGUUUGACAGGGAUUAUAUGUGUCAUGAAGCAGUUGCGUUGCUGCAUGAUGAGGAAUUUAAAAGCAAAACUGUCUUAUCUUGCGUUAUGUGGGAUACCUAACGCUGAAUAAUUAUAGACUGUGAUUAGAACGUGUAACUCAUAUGUAUGAAUCUGCGUGCUUCACCCGCGCGGGAGGCCUGUCCAGGCCAUUGGAUCACGCUGUUAUUUGAAUGUACAAACUGCCACGGCCCAUAAUAAUGGCCGACUUGAUAAACACUGCAGUCGCAUGUUUUUAUAUAAAUAAACGGUACGAGAACCA